AAGCUGACUUCUCUUGGUCAGUUGGAAAUGACCUGGAGAAGCAGAAUUCACUUCCAUCCACUUCUUGUGAGAGUCCUUUACAAAUCUAGACUAAGGUACUACGGGAAACCAGAGAAAAAGCUGGAUAUGCCUUAUCAGGCUUACUUUGAAGUUGCUGAUAGUUCAGGCAUGAUGUCAAUGGUUUUGUGGAAUUCAUUAUGUCCUGAAUGGUAUAACAGUAUGAAGGUUGGCACGGUACUUCUUCUUGAACAGUAUGCUGUCAAAACCAGUUACCCAUAUAAAACACAGCCAACCCCAGGGGAUUCACAGAUGAAGAGAUUUGCUACAAUUGAAAUCAGCCUUAAUGUUCGAGACCCUCCUACUAAAAUAAGUAUUAUUCCAGAAGAAAUGGUUAAGCCAGAGUGGGGAUUACCUGAAGUUAAAUAUCGGUUUAUCACAAGGUCAGAACUGGAUAACUUGCCAAACAAUCAUUCCUGUGAUGUUAUUGGUCUUGUGACGUUUGUAGGAAGGGCUGAACGAUCAAGAAAGAGAGAACAUGGUGAGGACUUCUGGCUCUAUCGCUGGGCACAUGCCAUUGAUGGGACCUCAGACCAACCAUUUAUACUGGAAUUAUUUGCAACUUCUCAGCCAGAUGUGUUUGAGCAUAUUCACCCAAUGACAUACUUGGUGUGUACACAGAUGAGAGUGGUAAGGGACCUCACUGAGAAUCCUUCCAGCACAAUUUACCUUACAACUUCGAAUGAAAGUCAAAUAUUCAUUACAGGGUGGCACAAGGGCCAGCCAUACACCAAGGAUACCAAAGUGAAAAACUUCAUUCAGUGGACUAAAACACAAAGUGAAGCUGAUCAAAUGAAGAAAACUGUCAUUGGUGGCUAUUAUCCUUUUCCACGACCUCCAAAUAACUUUUUGAAGUAUUGUAAAAACAAUAAAGUUAAAUCGGUUUUGAAAGCCAUAGGUGAAAUGGAGAAAGAGAUUGAAGACUUGCACUACAGAGAACACAAGCGCAUUGCUGUUCAGGGAAAAAUUAGUGCCAUAAGAUACAUCAGCUCUAGCAAUGCAGCUGAAGAAACCUCAGGAGCAGAACUUGGUCAGACAGAUACUUCUCAGUCUCUUGAAAGUGCUGCUAUGUCCAAACAAGACUGUGUUCACAAGGGGAAGAACACCAACCUUCAAACAAAAGAAAUUCAGUCAUCUUUGGGGCCAUGCUGCACUCCUGGGGAACAACAUCAGCACCAAGCUCUACAGUCAAAAAAAAGUUCAGUCAAGAGAAAGAUACCGCGCAGGUUAAAUACAGAUGCAGAACAGGGAAGAGCAUCUGUUACUCCUGCAACACCUUGCCUCUAUUACACACGGUCUGCAAGAAGGAAAUUUGGCUUGGAUGAAUUUCAACAUGAAGAUUCCAUGCAAGAUAAAAAUGGACAAGCUCUAUCAGUCAGUUUACAGUGCUGCACAGACCAAGAAGGAAUGAGUGAUGUACCUGAAAUUGAAGAGAUGGGAAGAACUCAUGAUUCAUGGCAGAGUGAUCUGUGGGCACAAGUGAAGGACAAGUUAAUGAAAUACCUGCACCACAGCACAAUUUUCCCAGAAAGCAUUCCACGUAAAUUUGAUUAUGUGCACAAAGAUUUACUUAUGCAACAGUACAACCUUUAUGCAGCAGUGCACCAGCCAAAAGAAACCAGAACAGAUAAAAAUAUCAAUGAGUUUAAAAGUGCUAGUGGCCUUGGGUAUUACGAAGUGACAGUUCUGGGUAUAAACCAUGAUGUAGCAAUAGAUGUUGCAUUUCUUCCACUGGUUUGUCCUGAAGAUCCCUAUUUAUUUCAACUGGAAGACAAUCAAAAUGAUAUGUUACUGUCUCAUAUGAGUUGCAUCUCUGGAUGUCAGCAGAAGGCCACUAGCAAUGGAAGGCAUUCACUUUCAAAUGAAAUUGUAAAAGCAGCAAUGGAUCUAGAUGGCAAACAUGUUGUCUGCAUCUUGGACGUCUGUCACUUGGGUGAUGACAAGGUGGAAGUCUUCCUGAGCAAAAUCUACAAGACAGUGGAACCUGGUGUGCUGGAAUCAGUGUAAUUUAAUAACUUAUUUUUUAGAUUUAUAUUGUUCAGAAGGAGGGAAAUAAAAUUGCUGUAACUUGAAUACACCCUCUACACAUUGCACUUUUCUAGAACUAGCAGACACAAAUAUAAAAUUAUGAUUCUUAGAGCAAUUGCAGUGGUCAUCCAUGUAACGGAGAAGGGCAAUUGUUGCCUUUAUUUUUUGGCAGUCUUGAAACAGAUAACAAAAUGUCUUGGUCAUUUAUGUUCAAGAAGGAUGAAUAGGCAAUACAGUGAGCUUAUUUUUUGAUAGGAUACCAAGGAGUAUAUAUAGGAUUGUUACCCCUCUCUCUCUCUGCCUGUGCACAUACAUGCGCAGGAAAUGUCUAUAUCAGGGUGAGAACUGAGAAGAAGACAGGCUUUCCCGAUAUUAAAGGCAGUGUUUGCAAAAGAAUUAACUGGCUGUGAUAUAAAUUUAGGAUAGAAAUUAGAAUAAUUUUGAGGAUUAGAGCUGUAAUGUUCUAUAGUGAUCUUUUAGUGGGAGGUAUUAGGGGCAACCUAAAUGCUUUUUAGGGUUGAAGCUUACUGUGUUUGUGAAAGUGAUUAAAUACCACAGUGCCUUUAGUAUUGGGGUCUGGACUCAGUGAUCCAAGAUGCCACUUUUAGUUCUUUUUUGCCUUAGCAACAUCAGCAGCUGUGUCUUUGUAUGUCUGCUUUUGUAUAUACAACAUAGGGUAGUGAGUAUAACACCCAAAGGUUUUUAACAUAUUUAUUAAUAAAAUAAUAAUGAAAUAUUUUAAAAAAUAAACUUUGUUAUGGAACUUGCUUCUAGUUUUGCAAGAAGAAAAACUUUCUUCGAGGAGUGCUUAGCAUGGCAGGAUACAGUUUGUCACACCAUAGAAAAAUCUGUAUUUUUGCUGUUGAUCACCACUAUCCUUUUUCUUUUAACCAAUAGCUAUAUGCUGAGUACAUGAAGGAGCUCAGCAGCUGCGAGAAGCUGCUGCUUCCACAAGAGCAAAAGACUAAAAUUCUGUUGGCUUUUUGCCUGUAAGUAGCAGCUGACUCCUGCUGAGUUCAGAACCAAGUCCCACUUUUUCCCCCUAUGUCAAACAGCCUCAAAUCAUUUAUACAGCUGGGUCCUUAGGAAAUUAUUCUCGAGCAGGAGCUAAAAUACAUUGCUAUGUGACAACUAGUAUGAGUUCAGUUCUUUGAGAAGAAAUGACUGCAUUAUGGAAGCUUGCCAAUUAAAUUAUGCCAUUAUUGACCAAAAAGUUAAUUUAUAAAAACAGAUUUUAUUCUUUUGUGGAAAACUUCUAGGCACGUUUUAGCAGCCUGUUGGUAAUUAAGGAGCAUCUCUUUCAACUAGUAGCUUGUUCCUCUACCCUGGGGACAGUUGACCUUGUCUUCAAGCACUUGAAUUCUGUACCCUAACUUCAGUUAAUGGUAAUUGAAGGAGGAAUAUGUCUUUAUUAUAGUACAAGUUCAUAGGCAAUUUCACUAUAUAAAGUAAAAGCCUGAACAUUCUAAAGAAAUUGAUAACAUUCUGCCUCUAUAGUGUGGUUUACAGUUUUAAAAUGCAUUAAUGAGAAAAGAUUUAACUUAAAUUGCACAGGGACUAAAAGUUAAAUGUUACUAUGUAUUGUAUGUUUAUAUUUUGUAUGGAUCAUACAGUAUUAGUUCUAGAGCAAUGUUUGUCAACCCAUGCCUAUCAAAGUACCUUGUAACCUUGCCAGAGAAGGCAAAUUUAAUACAUACCGACCCGAGAAGAGCAUGGUGCUGCUCACAGUAUGUUAUUGUGUAAUUUAUUGCUUAUGGGCAUGUGAAGAUUAGAGGCCAUUGCUCUAGAGCGAGAGAGAUUAGCACCAGCACUUCGUGUACCCAACUGAGCCAUGCUGACUGUGUCAGCCAGUAUUUUUAAUGUAGAUAUGCUUCAGGCUGAAGUCUGAUUUUAAUGAAACCAUUUUUUCUAGAAGCAAUUUUUAAAGUAAUUAUCUUUGUAUGAAAGGACUGAUGUGGCUUACCCUGUCGUGGGGCCACUCUGUUCAGCUGCUCUAGCAUCCCACCCAAAAGAAACACAGCCAGUGCUCUUUGCUGCGUUGCAACUGCUUACUACACUUUAAACACAUAGCAUUAAUCAUUUCAUCCUCCAUGUUAGGACUUCUUAACCUUAAAAGAAAUACCAGAAUGGUGUGGAAUAUGUGUAAUAUGCACUUGGGACUUUAAAGUAUAUAAUUUUAUUUUACAGAAGUGAUGUUUGAAAUUUUUAUGGCAGAAGCUGGGAAGGAGAGAUGCUUAGUCUCGUAGAGUGAAAUGCCAGUGUUAGAAGCAUGGGCUCUCUGUAGCUAGAGAAUAUUCAAUGCCUGUAGUAGACUUGGAAUUUCAAUACACUGCGUCCUUCUGUAGAGGCACUUACCCUCAUCCCUGUGUGUUACACUGAACUUAAUAUGCUGACUUCAAUUUCUGAAGUGUUGCAGUGUUAAUAGAUGGUUCCACCACUCUGUCUGUCUCCCCCCUCCCUGCCAAACCCGCACUGCAGUACUGGGGCAAAGGUCCUCUCUGCAAAGAAACCACUCGCGCUGUUUUAUUUCACUUGGUGUUUAUUGACACAAGUAUAAAAGCAAAGUAUUUUUGAUCCUGUCAAAACAUGCUAAUUUUGCCAUGUUAAACCAAGAUACAGAAUCUUUACUCCUGCAAAAUGGCAUAGGAAUAAUCCUUUUUGCUGCUGUAUAUUGCCACUGCUGAGGGUAAAGUACUAUCAGAGCACAUUCUCUAACUGUAGAGUUCAUAACCAACGGAAGAACUGUACUCUGAAAUCUUACAUUUGCAUGUUUGUUAUGUUUCCGGCAUUAAUUUCAAAGAAAAACAGAAGAUGGUAAGCUGUAUGUAGCUAAUGGUACUUGCAAGUGUAUAAAACAUGCUAAUUCAUAGAUCUUAGAGGUAAGAGCACUUUUGCAUUAAUGUGAUGUAGAACUUAGUGCAACACUGAAAAAUAUAAAUAAAUGAAUUCAUGUUUGUAAA